AAAACAUCAAGAUAUGAUACUAUGAAAUUAGAAUUUGUUAAAAGACACAAAAAUUCAGUUGAAUACAAAAAUUCUUUGCAAAUUCUUAAUCUAAGCCAAACUGGUAUUAAAGAGGAUGUAAAUCAAAUAUUAGAAAUAGGCAUGGAUAGUGUAGUUACUCAAAUGCGCAAUAUUUAUUUUCUUACUUUACAAAAUAUUGCUAUUAAUAUUUAUCCUGAUUUAACUAAUUUAGUUAAUUAUCAAAAAGAACAUCCUACUUCUAUGGUUAAUGAUAUUCCUUUACAAGUACUUUGA